AUGCCGAGGCAGGAGGUCCGUUCGGGCGUCUGUCGCAUCGAAAACGACAAAAAACGCAAUGCUGCGUUCACCAAGCGGCAUGCUCAUUUGUUCAAAAGUGCUAGUAACCUCUCCGCCCUCACAGGCGUGAGGGUUGCUGUCAUCCUAGAGAAGGAAUCGGGAAAGAUGCAUGGCUUUGGGACGCCGUUAGUGCAACCCAUUGUUGAUUCUUUCCUGUCAGGAGAUCCACUUGUCGAGCCUCUUGUCGAUGAACAAGUGAAAGAUAGGAUUGCAUUGUUGCAGAGCGAGGUGGCUAGGUUGCACAUGGAGAAUGAAAUGCUAAAAACGAGAGCAAACCUCUCACUCCAACACAUCAAGAAGAUCCAAUCUCAGAAUUCAGGGAUGCCAGCAAAUAAUAUCUUCUCCAAGGUAGAAGAUCUUAGUCUUGAAGACCUAACCAACCUCUUCAAUAACCUAUUGCGAGUCAAGGAGGAAAUUAGACGACGUUUGCCUCCACUACAACAUGGACAUGAACCAAAGUCAGUUGUUGACCAUGCAAAGGAUUUACCUCCACCACUUCAACCACAAUUUCAAUACUAUGCAAGUCCUAACACAAUAACAAAGCCAUUGCAGAACAACAUGAGCCCUAACUCAAUUGUUGAGAACACUAUGGAUGAAUCCCCACGGUUUUUCUACUCCGGUGGUAAUGACACUUACGUCCAUGAAUCAUUCAGCUAUGAUAACUUGUCUAAUGCUCCUUUGGACAAGGCGCAUGAAAUUCUAGGGAUGGAUUCUUACUUGGACUAUAAUAUUAGUGAUCUAGAGCAAUAUAAAAUGGAUUGUGUUGAGUGGGCCAAUAAUGCACCACCAGGCUCUUCCGGUGGGAAUGAUGAUGAUAUUGAUGGAUGA